AUGAGCGUUGAUAAACAAGAAGACGAAGACCGCCAACAAGCCAGCAGCUCCUCCUCGAUGGCGCCUCCUCCCCCUAAGAAUAAAGACACCUCUCCAUUAACGAAAUGGGAUCUUCAAAAGUCUCCGACCCCAGACAUCAGUUCAGGACCAUUUUUUCAUUGGCGGUUGGGAGUAGCUGGUGAGCGUGCGAAAGAGUGGCAUGUAAGUACCGCAUCUCAUCUGAUAGCAAGUAUGUGUUUCAUAUACCUAACCUUCGAGACACAGAAGUCAGACAUGCGCACUAUCCGCACCCUCAGUCACAGAGAAAUCGACUACAUCAGAAACAUGCUACUGCGACUUAUCAGGAAAUUGUACCGCAAGGAGGACGCGGACAUAUCAGUCUCACGACUGAUAGAUCUCGCCGAGACUACCAGUUUCGACGAACUCAACGACUACCCCGUGCCAGUGCGAUACUGGCAGUCCAUCCGAGGAAUCAGAGACUACUACCGCUACGACGGUCAAAACCUACCCGAGCCUUCUGAUACAGCUUGCCAUUUCGCGUGGCAUAUGGCUCAGGAGAACAAGACCCAUCUUCGUAGAAGAUGGACCGAAGCUUUUGAACUUGCAUACGGCUUCGCCAUUGACGAGGUGGCUUCUCAAGGUAAUCCAUCUGAGGGCUUCCCAAACGCUCCAGGAGUAUCCGACUGA